CGGCGCGGGCUGGCGGCACUCGCAGCGGCUGGACGUUGGGAGCGCUGAGGAGGGAGGCGAGAAAAUGGCGUCGACGGAUUAUAGUACCUAUAGCCAAGCUGCGGCCCAGCAGGGCUACAGCACGUACGCACCUCAGCCAGCGCAGGGAUACGCACAGCCCACCCAGACUUACGGGCAGCAGAGCUACGGAUCGUACGGGCAGCCCGCUGACGUGAGCUACACGCAGCCCCAGACGAGCGGCACGUACGGGCAGAGCGCGUACGCCACCUCCUACGGGCAGCCUCCCGCCGGUUACAGCGCGCCGGCGGCCCCCCCGGCCUACAGCCAGCCCGUGCAGGGCUACGGCACAGCCAGCUACGACACUAACGCCGCUACGGCUUCCACCACCCAGGCCUCGUACGCAGCGCCGUCCGCCUACGGCAGCCAGCCCGCCUACCCCAGCUACGGGCAGCCACCGCCCGCCGCGCCGCCCGCCAGACCCCAGGAUGGCAGUAAACCAGCAGAGACGAGCCAGCCCCCGUCAAGUACGACAGGCUACAGCCAGCCCAGCCUGGGCUAYGGCCAGAGUAACUACGGUUAUCCUCAGGUGCCUGCCAGUUACCCCAUGCAGCCGGUCACGGCGCCUCCAUCCUAUCCUCCCACCAGCUACUCCUCCACGCAGCCAAGCAGUUACGAUCAGAGCACUUACUCCCAGCAGAGCAGCUACGGGCAUCAAGGCAGCUACGGGCCGCAGAGCAGCUAUGGCCAACAGAGCAGCUACGGGCAGCAGCCUCCACCAACUAGUUACCCGCCCCCGACCGGCUCCUACGGCCAGGCGCCGAGCCAGUACAGCCAGCCGAGCAGCAGUUACAGCCAGCAGAGUUUGUUCCGUCAGGACCAUCCCAGCAGCAUGAGUGUCUACGGACAGGAAUCCGGAGGCUUUCCAGGCCCAGGAGAGAACCGGAACAUGAGCGGCCCUGAUAGCCGGGGCAGGGGAAGAGGGGGAUAUGAUCGCGGAGGCAUGAGCAGAGGUGGGCGGGGAGGAGGACGCGGUGGAAUGGGCAGCGCUGGAGAGCGAGGUGGCUUCAGUAAGCCCGGUGGACACGCGGAAGAAGGACCAGACCUUGAUUUAGGCCCUCCUAUGGAGCCAGACGAGGACAUGGACAACAGUUCCGUUUACGUACAGGGACUCAAUGACAAUGUUACCCUGGAGGAUGUGGCGGAUUUCUUCAAGCAGUGCGGAGUUGUCAGGAUGAACAAGAGGACUGGGCAGCCUAUGAUACACCUCUACAUUGACAAGGAGACGGGCAARCCCAAAGGAGAUGCCACCGUAUACUAUGACGACCCAUCCGCUGCCAAAACAGCYGUAGAUUGGCUUGAUGGGAAGGAUUUCCAGGGGAGCAAGAUCAAGGUGACUCUGACACGGAAGAAGGGCUCCCUGAACAGCGUGCGGGGCGGGAUGCCGCCACGUGAGCCGCGCGGGAUGCCGCCCCCGCUGCGCCCAGGUCCCAGUGGUCCUGGCGGUCCCGGCGGUCCGAGUGGGCCCAUGGGCCGGAUGGGAGGCAGAGGCGGAGACAGGGGUGGCUUCUCCUCGAGAGGACCCCGGGGAUCCAGAAGAAACCCCUCCAGCGGUAGCGUGCAGCACCGCGCCGGGGACUGGCAGUGUCCCAAUCCGGGCUGCGGAAACCAGAACUUCGCCUGGAGAACGGAGUGUAACCAGUGCAAGGCUCCGAAACCCGAAGGGUUCCUGCCACCCCCUUUCCCCCCGCCAGGUGGGGAGCGUGGUAGAGGCGGCCCCGGGGGCAUGAGAGGCGGGAGAGGCGGUGGCCUCAUGGACCGCGGGGGACCCAGCGGCAUGUUCCGAGGCGGCCGCAGCGGCGACAGAGGCGGCUUCCGCGGGGGCCGGGGUGUGGACCGAGGCGGAUACGGAGGAGGAGGGCGGCGAGGAGGAGGACCCGGCGGCCCCUCCGGGCCCCUCCUGGAGCAGAUGGGAGGCGGAGGCCGAGGCGGAAGGCGCGGAGGACCAGGAAAAAUGGACAAGGGGGAGCACCGCCAGGAGCGCCGAGACCGGCCCUACUAGAGCCACAGCUGCCCAGCGCCAUUUACUAGCAGAUUUAUUUUUUAAACCAGAAAAUGUUUUAAAUUUAUAAUUCCAUGUUCAUAAUGUUGGCCACAACAUUAUGAUUAUUCCUCGUGUGUAGUUUAGCAUUUUUCACCAUUUGUGGAGAAACGUUAAAACCAAGUGCAACGGUUGUCCAGCCAAAGACGGUUGUUUGACUCAACGCCUGCGGCCGCAGCCCCCCGUCGUGAGCUUGCUCGUAUCGCCAGGCGCAGAAGCCCAGAGGCGCCGGCUAACUGUUACCAUGUCAAUGGUUGUGAUUUUUUUUUUAAAUAAAAUC